AUCGCCGUCUCGUGGCUUGUGAGUGUAUAGCACACUCGCAAAAACCGAAAGGACCGAUAAAUAAGCCACACGUCAAUUUAAUUUACAUCAAGAUGGCGACCGAGGGCGAAUAUGAGUCGAUCCUUUGCGUUAAACCCGACGUCAACGUUUAUCGCAUACCACCGAGGGCUACAAAUCGUGGAUACAGGGCAGCAGACUGGAAGCUGGAUGUGCCCGAUUGGUCAGGGCGCAUGCGGAUCACGGCCAAGGGUAAAGUGGCCUACAUCAAACUGGAAGACAAAGUCUCAGGGGAGCUGUUCGCCCAGGCCCCUGUCACAGAGUAUCCCGGCAUCGCAGUUGAAACCGUAAGCGACUCCAGUCGCUACUUUGUCCUGCGAAUACAGGAUGACAAUGGCCGCAGUGCGUUUAUUGGUGUUGGAUUCGGGGACAGAGGGGACUCUUUUGACUUCAACGUGUCUUUGCAGGACCACUUUAAGUGGGUGAAACAAGAGAAUGAGAUCAGCAAAAACCCUCAGGGGGCUGCUUUGGGACCAAAGCUGGACUUGGGAUUUAAAGACGGACAAACCAUCACCCUUAAUAUUGGGCAAGGCAAAAAGAGGGAUAAGCCACGCCCACAGGGGUCAGGUGGGCUCGGUCUCCUACCGCCACCACGGAAAGGAAAGAUAGCUCCUCCUCCUUCCUCUGCUUUCUCCAAUCAAAACACAGUGCCUCAAACAGGAGGCUCAGAUAACGGCUGUUUGCUAGAUCUGGACAGUAGUAACUCCAACACUGUGGUCCAAUCAUCCAACCCCAACAGUGAUCUUUGGGGAGACUUCUCCUCUCCUGCAAGUUCGCUCCCUCCAACAUCUCGACAAGAGCACACGCCGAAUUGGGGCCAGUUUUGAGUCCACGUCAUCGCCUUUUUCAUUUGUCUCCAUCACUGAACGCACCGCCUCCCUCCGUCGCUACAACACAAUCAAAGCAAACUUUCCAAGAGACAAAGAACACCAUGUACUUCUAGAAAGUCUUUAUCAAAUCUAUGAAUGGAUGUACACUAUAGUCUCCUCCCAAAGUAAAAAAAAAUAAUCAAAAAGUAAUAUUAGGGGUAAUAAUGCAAAUAUUCAAUAUUUGGUCAUAUGAGGAUUAUGGUAGGAGGUCUUCAAUAUCUCCUAAGGGCUAUGAUGAUAGGAUCUUCAAUUUCCUGUUCUCACCAGAGUAGCAGCAAUUUUACAGUACUGCUUUUUACCCGGCAACAGCGCCCUCUUGUUUUAAUUGUAUUGUUUUAUUUUAAGGUAGAUCAGCUUUAAUAUUGCAGAUUGUAACUUCCAUCAAUGUAAUUGUCUGCAUCACUUCCAAUCCCCCAUGUU